AUGUGGGGGACGAAUACCAGCACCCUGGCAGGGUUCAUUCUGAAAGGGUUUUCAGACCGACCUCAAUUAGAACAAGUUCUUUUCGGGGCAGUUCUGUUUCUUUACCUCAUGACCCUUCUUGGCAAUGCUACCAUCAUCCUCAUAUCCAUCUUGGACUCUAAACUCCACACUCCCAUGUACCUUUUUCUCUCCCACCUCUCCUUCCUGGACCUCUGCUUCACCAGCAGUAUCCUCCCUCAGCUCCUAGUCAACCUGGGGGGUUCGGACAAGGCCAUCACCUAUGGUGGCUGUGUGGUCCAGCUCUACGUCUCCUUGGCACUGGGAUCCACAGAGUGUGUCCUCCUGGCCGUGAUGUCCUAUGACCGCUAUGUGGCUGUUUGUCGUCCUCUGCACUAUGCCUUUGUCAUGCACUCUCGGCUCUGUCACAUCCUGGCAUCCAUGGCGUGGCUCAGUGGGGUGGCCACUACCCUGGUGCAGUCCACUCUCACCCUGCAGCUGCCCUUCUGCGGCCAUCGCCAGGUGGACCAUUUCUUCUGUGAGGUCCCCGUGCUCAUCCAGCUGGCCUGUGUGGACACCACUUUCAACCAAGUUGAGCUCUUCGUGGCCAGUGUCUUGUUCCUGGUGCUGCCUCUGUCACUCAUCCUGACAUCCUACGGCCACAUCGCCCGAGCAGUUCUGAAGAUCAAGUCAGCCACUGGACGGCGCAAGGCAGUUGGGACCUGCUCCUCCCACCUGAUGGUUGUCAUCAUCUUCUAUGGAACCAUCAUCUUCAUGUAUCUGCAGCCGGUCAGGAGCAGGUCCAAUGACCAGGGAAAGUUUGCCUCCCUCUUCUACACUGUGGUGACCCCCAUGCUUAACCCCCUUAUCUACACCUUGAGAAAUAAGGAAGUGAAGGCAGCACUAAAAAAAAUUCUGGAGAAAAGUUUAUGA